UUUCGAUCCCUGCUCGGGGGGCGACGUUAGAGCAAUCAGGUCUCGCUUCUCGUAGGAAGUAGUCUAUUGAGCCUAGAGUUCUCAUAAGAGAUAGAUGCAAAACCGUAUUACUUCAAGUCAGAAACCAACUGUUGUUAUUUCACUUGCGCUAUUCUACACAUAUAGCAUGAUAUGCCUCUCCAAUUCAUGGUCCAGCGCGAGAGGCGGUAGAGGACAUUCGGUCUCGCCUGAGUGUCUUCGCCCUCAUUGCAAGUCGUUGUCCAUUUCAAGUCAAUAUGGCCGUGAUUGGAAGGUUGCUCUGCUUCAGGAAAGACAUGUCGUCAAGUUUGAAGCUCCUACCGCUCUGCAAUACGUCCGUAUUAGUUCCACCGUCCAAGCGCCAGUAGUUCAUCCGCGCCACGUGAAAACAGUCCCACGGCAAAACCACGGGCCAAGCGCUUUGCCACUCCGUUCUUUCCCCAGGGCCCUCAUCGGCAUCAUGCCUCGGUCUGCCCGCCCCUAGUCAUUACGAUCAACCAACCGCUGGCCACCCCUGAUGUGUCUAGGUACGAAGUUACGCACAUCAUCCCUCUGAGGAAAGAAGCUGCUUAUGACUGUACUUUUCACGCAUCAAAGCUUGGAAUUGUA